AACUUUUGUGUUUUUUUUUUUUUUUUUUAUAAACAAUUUUGUUAUAUUACUUGAAAAAACAAUUUGAAACUGGAGGCAAAAAUUACGAGAGUCAAUGUUAAUGACACAAUACAUGUUGCUGAUCUAAUCUUAUGAGUAUUUAUUUAUUUAAUCGAGAAUGAAACUGAAAUUUUAAGUCAACGUUUUAACUCUUCUCGUCUGCGUUCAGAGACGAGAGAAACAAUGGGAGAGGCUGCGAUCCAAACCAUCGUGGAAGCGAUUCACUCAUCACCGACGCAGGCCGUUGUCUAUGUAACCGGUGGUGCCUCUCAGGCUUUAGGUUGGUUGAUGUCAGUUCCAGGAGCUUCAAACACACUUCUUGAAGCUGUGGUUCCAUAUUCCAUGAUUUCUAUGGUCCAAUUACUCGGCAGGGUUCCGAGCCAACACUGUAACCAAGCAAUGGCUAAUAAGAUGGCUUUGUUAGCCUAUAAUCGGGCGCUUAAGCUUUCUAAACCAGGCUAUCCUGUUCUUGGUGUGGGUUUAACGGGAGCAUUGGCAAGUUCUCGUCCAAAGCGUGGUGAUCACAGGUUUUUCUUGUCGAUUAGAGCAUCUGAUCAGAGCUUGGAAACUUCAGUUACUCUAACAAAGAACCUUCGAAGCCGAGAGGAAGAAGAUAAGGUGGCAAGUUGUGUUCUGAUCCAGGCUAUGGCUAAGGCAUGCAAAGUUUCUGGGACAAUUGACUGUGGCUUAACCAAGUCUGAUGUGCUUGAUGAGUCGGAAACUCGGUUUAGUGAAGAGCAACAACUAGAGCAGUUUAUAGCUGGACAACUGUGCUCUAAGAUUUAUCCAUUUUCUAGGGAAACAUACGGGUUGGAUCAAGAUAGAAAGAUUAUACUGUCUGGUUCUUUUAACCCAUUACAUGAGGGUCAUCUCAGCUUGUUGGAAGCUGCAAAGAGUCUUUGUCAGGGCCGUGGGUACCCAUGUUUUGAAAUAUCAGCAGUCAAUGCAGACAAACCACCACUUUCAAUUUCACAGAUUAAAGAUCGUGUCAAGCAAUUUGAAGCAGUUGGAAAGACGGUAAUACUUUCAAAUCAGCCUUACUUCUACCAGAAAGCUGAGCUCUUUCCAGGAAGCAGUUUUGUAAUUGGCGCUGACACCGCAGCAAGACUUGUUAAUCCAAAGUACUAUGAUGGAAGCAAAAAAAGGAUGUUGGAAAUACUUGGUGGUUGCAAACAGACAGGUUGCAAUUUCCUUGUUGGUGGCCGUACAGUAGCUGGUGUAUUUAAGGUUCUUGAAGAUCUUGAUAUCGCAGAGGAGAUAAUCGACAUGUUUAUCUCGAUUCCAGAAGAAAUGUUCAAGAUGGAUAUAUCCUCUACAGAGAUAAGAAAACACCAAAGAAUUAAACAAUGACUUUUCAACCUGCAUGAAGCCUUUGCUUGUAAGACAAGACAGUUUCUCAUAUUGUUUCGUUCUAUUUUAUUACGGAGUGCUUCAUUAUAUAAUCAACCUUCAUCAGCUUGGUAGUAUAAUGAUAUUUUCUUUGUUCUUACCAUGUUUGAUUACCAAUGUUGUUUGCUUGUUUUAUACUUUUUUUUUUGUAUUGGCACCUUAAUGUAUUGCAGUUGUCUCAACUUUCACUAGAACCCAAGUUUGAUUUUCAAAGUAAUCUAUAUUUUUA